UAUGAAAGGAUACGCUGAAGAUGUUCAGGUUUACUCUAGUGGUUCCAAAAUGUUUGAUCCUGAUGAAGCCUAUCAAUUUAAAACGACAGAAAGAGAUGUAAAAUUUCUACAAGAUUACAGGCCCCACUUGAACUUACCUGGUAAGCCAACACCUGUUGUUAAAUCAACAAGUGUGAUUCAAAUUGAUGCUUUAAAAAGUGAAACCUUCGGAAGUGAAGUGAAGAGUCUACUACAUAGAAUUGAAUAUGUGGACUGUAAUAAUAUUUGUGGGAGUUCUGUCAAGCAUUGUUCAAUAGGAAAAAUAGAGACUUGCAGUGAAUUUAGUACCCAGGGUAUCUUCGGAUGGAUUAAAUUUUGCAGUGAAAAGUUGAAAGAGGCUCGGGCCCAGAAAUGUAAAUGUUUUGUCAGCACUUUCUGUGUUCUUAUUACCAUCAACACAAGGAACGUACUUGCACAUGUAAAAGUAAAUGAACUGCAUUUUGUAGUAAAACAUUUGAUGGAUUUUGCAAUUGGAAGCAGGAAUUACAUACUGCUGUCAGAGCUUGUGCGUUUGUAUGGAUUUCAUCACGACUUUCAGCUGGAAACAUUAUUAAUGAGGACAUCUAAAAUGAUAAAUGUUGUCAUUGUUGACACAAUUUUACAGUCAGCUAAAUGCAUUAUUCUUAGAAAAUAUACAAGUCUCCUACAAAAUUCAAUCCAACUGUCACUGUGCCAUGAUUGUGAGAAGGGAAAAAGUUUGACUAUUGUUUUAUCUUUUAAAGGCUCUAUUGAAAUGACUGAUAUAACCCAGAUAAAGGUCAUGGGGAAGAAAAUGUUCCUGUAUAAUUAUACAAACCCAUCUGAUGAAGCGAACAAUGCUUUUAAGUCCUUUGCAAGCUCAUAUUCAAAGAAAACUUUGCCAAAGGUCUCAGAAAAUGAAGCAAGAGAAUUGUUCAAGAGACAUUACAAUCUAACAAUGAUAUCGGCUUCACCAUAUAAAUCGAUAGGAUAUUCAAAAGGAAAACAUACGAUUGUGGAAAAACCUUGUAUUCUUUUCUUAUGUCUACAUAAAGGGUACAUUCCCUAUGGAGAAGAGGAGUUCCCAAGAAAAAUUAGAGAUGUUGAAGUAGAUGUUCAGGAGGGUUUUUGUAGAUUUGGAAAUGGUGAGUCGAUAGAAAUUGGAGGAGAUAUUCGUCGUAAAGGGAGUAAAAGUGUAGGUACUAUUGGUGGAUUUGUAAAUCUACCUGAGAGCAAAAUUGGUUUAAUAACUUGUGCUCACGUGGUUCUCUCACAAAAAGAGCUCGAAAAGAGAGAAACAGAUCAUCUUCCUGAAGUAGAGACAUUUAUUAAUAGUGCCCAUUCAUAUAAAGUGUGUGGGAAAGUCAUAAAUGCAGAGUUUCCAAAACCUUACGAUUGCAAUUUGAAUCCACUAGAAGGGUCUAGUGUCGACGCUGCGCUAAUUGAACUCGCCUCGUCAUCAAGUGGUGCAAGGUUUCUUACGGUGACAGAGGAGCAGUUGCGUUCUGCAGGAUUUCAAGCAGACAAACCACCAAAGUUCCAAGGAAAAAUUGUUCCAUUGCUUAACUUGCCAAAGUUGGUUUCUGAUAGUGUUGUGAAAUACGGAGUCACAACAGGUUUAACACUAGGCUGCCUCUUCAACGAAUGUAUGCACGUUCGGAUCAAUUCGGACAACUUGACCUUACCUGAUAUUCUGGGAUCAACCAAUCCCAGGAAUAUCACUGUGUAUAAUCAAAUGGAAAUUGAGGGUUUACGUGGACAGUUCUUUGAUUUAGGUGACUCGGGAUCCUUUGUGUUUUGUAUUAAUCAGGAUGAAACACUGAGUUGUAUUGGAAUGGCAAUAGGAUACACAUCACGUGGUACGUGUCUUGUGACUCCUAUAGAGAAUGUCCUGAAAUCACUUAAACUUCCUGUGACAAGUAGUUGCAUCGUUCCAGUGGAAGUAAGAUUGUCUUCAAGUGUAAAACCAAGUAUGGAUACAAUGACAAUCUUAAAUGCUAUAUCACAAAUGAAAUCAGAUUUUGAUAAACGUAUGGACGAUCAUCAGAAAGAUAUUCAAAAACGUAUGGAUGAGCAGCAGAAAGAUAUCCAAAAACGUUUUCGUGAUCAGCAGAAAGAUAUUCAAAAAAGUCUGCAUGAUCAACAGACAGAUAUCCAAAAACGUCUGCUUGAGCAGCAGAAAGAUAUCCAAGAUAUUAAGAAAAAUCAAAAUAAAUUCAAUCCUUCAUGAAGCCAGACGUCACGUUAAUUUCUAUUUAAGCUAGGCAUACCUUGACUAAAGAUCUACUUGUUCUUAUAUAAGCAUUCAUUUUCUUUGCCUUCAGAUACAUGUACAAACCGUUUUUAAUUUUUUUGUUUAUUUGUAUAAUUUUCGAGUUCCAAGUGAUAAAUGGACCUUUAUGUGAUUUUUUAAAAGGAAAGGAUUGUAAUAAUUUAACAUCUG